AUGGCGGCUUCCAGUGUAAACAUUUACUCUCCGCUUUCAAGGCUUAGAAGAGAUAAUCAGACGUUACUAUCACAGCUAAAACAAGGCCAGAAUGACACUUGGGACGUUCUGAAAAGAAUGAGGUCGGUCGAUGAUUCAUUUGUGACAAGAACCGACGGUGAAUCGAGCUUUACUUAUCGCGGGGCUGACAGAACGCCUGCCAGCGUGACUCGAAGAACUGAUCAAGGGUCAACUAAGGCGGGUCAAACGAGCACUCCGAAAAACUUUCAACAAGCUUUGAUGUCCUGUGGAAAUGAUAGAAGAAACAGGACUUCUGUCGUGCCGGUGUCGAUUCUUUCCACUCCAGGAAACCGUAAGAAGGUCAGUCUUCAAACAAAUGUACACGUACGUACAUGUUAGUUCAGCUAUGAUUACUUAGUAGUCUGAGUCAGUUUGCAUCCUUGUUUCAGUGUUAGAGAACUGGAAGCUGAAAGAUGUCCAGUGAGUACUUUUGUUUAAGGGUUUAAUUUGUUUUACAGGAUAUGCAACAACUUUUGCAAAUUGUUUAAAACGUCAUGAAUAUUCAAUGCAACGCAAAUUCUUACUGUACUCUUUGGUUGGUAUCCGGUCACUUCGAUCAGAUCGUUCCAAGCCAGAUCGUUCCACUUAAUAGUCAUAUAGUUCCACAAUUUUAUAGUCAGAACUUUUUACGAGUCUUUAAGCCACGAGCGAAAACAAGGGCGCACCUAGUUCUCUAAGGGUUAAGCCAUAAGCCAAAAAAGAAGCGCUUCACAUCGAGUUUUACUUGGCCCUUUCUUGAAAUAUUUGGCCCCCAAGAAUGGGUUGUAGGGGCCACUUUGGCCCUCAAGCGGAAAUUUCUGUGUACGUGAAACGUGUUUACGGUCGUUUCGCUUACGAGUCGGCUCAGCAACGUCCUGUUCGCUAACUUCUUUUCACUUUCGUCUCGGGUCAGUUCCCUAACUGUUUUCGCCCGAUUAGUGGCUAAAAGAAGGAGGUAUGUACAUGCGUAUGGCACUUUUUUGGUAUCGUGGGUGAGAGAAUAAAUUUUUGCCUGUUUUGUAGUAGAUUCAUCACAUUUACAUUUGACCUUUUUGGCCUUUACUCUUGUCUUUCAUUUGAAAUGGCUAAAAGAAUUGAAUUUCUGUCACUGAUGCGAAAAUGUCUUUCUAGUGAACAAUCCCUACACUGUAGCCAUGAGGAGCAAGAAGAAAUGGCUAUAUUAACAGGCUAACCUGUUACUUUCUAUUUCAGACACCUAAGAAAGCCCUCCAUGUAAGUUUUGAACUUUCACCCUAUCAUGAGCGGAGUGUAGUUGGUAAUGAUGACAGACGAAGGUCCCUGCUUGGUUAUGAUUGGAUAGCUGGGAUGCUGGACAACACAUCAUAUCUUUCGGAGAAACCAGACGACUAUUUUGAUGAUCUAAAGGAGUUUAGGAGAGUUAAUAAGGAAGACUGUUGUGGAAAAACUGUUGUAGAGUGAGUGCUCAGUCAUCAAGAUUGUUUUCAUGUAAUUUAAAUCAUUGCAUUCUAGGGUAUUGUUUGUCAUAUUAUGGCUGCACAUGUUCGAGACGGUGUGUGAUGCAACCGUAUGUAAAAUGAUACUCCAUAUCCAUAGGCUCGCAUACAACAGACAUACAGUACCAACAAACAUGGGCUAUAAUAAUAUGACCCGGACUCUCCAAGGAACUUCAAAAGUAUUUGCUUGAAAUGUAACACAGCCAGGUUUUUAGACUAAGAAAAUAAUUAGUUGCUGCAUGUGAUUUAAACUGCUACUUUGAUAUCCUUUUAUUUUUUGGGUCCGCAGUAAUUGGCGUUAGCUGUUGCGGUGUCCCUGCCCAAAUAAUUAAGUUACUAUUAAUGUAUUGUUACAUUCUUAUUAUUAAAACAUAAAUAAAAUAAAACAAAAAAGAAUUGCCUUUUUCAAUCAUUUUACUCAAGAAACCACAUGUACACAACACGGAACUACACGAUCUGCUUCCAUUAGGCUAAUAAUUGUUAGCUCAAUCAGUAAGAGCGCUGCACCGGUAUCGUAGAGGUCAAGGGUUUAAAUCCUGUACAAGCCUGAAUUUUUGUCAGGCUUUCUUUUAGCAACUGCAAAAGUUGUGUCUAUGUACAAGUGUAACUGUGAUCUUCUUUCAUAUAAUUCUCCAUUCCGCAGUUCUCUUAAUGAUUUUCAUAUGUUCAUAACUUCAUCAUACAUGCACAAUGCUGAACAAGAAAGUUAGUACAUUCAAUAAACUUAAACAUGAUGCACGAACAAGCCAUACAUGUAUGGGUACAUGUACACCUUCAAGUCAGUUUGCAUGUACAUGUACCCGACUGUUCCUUGUUUUGAUGUCAUUAUUGUUGUUGGUUUGUUUUAGCCUGGGUGCCUAAUUCAAUUUGGUACAUGUACAUUUUGUUUUGUUUUCAUGUAUUUUGGGAAAAAAUCAAUAGUGAAACUGUCAAUGACUACAGUAUUCUCCCUAGGAUUUUGGAAAGGCCAGGGGGUCUUCUGACUCAGAUUUUUGAUACUGCUUGAACAGUAAAAAAAAUCAAUUUGCUUUGACAAGCUUUUUUUUUUUGUUCCAUGCAACUUGGGUUGACUGUCUGAGUUUUCCAUUGUGAGUUGUGAUACUGCUUAAAAUGUCAGCACUGGGAUUUCAGUUCUUACUCCUCGUAAGCUUCCUGAAGGGCCCUUAUGUUUGUCCGUGGGUCAAUUUCAAGAUGGCUGCUGUUCGGUGAAACGAGUGCAUCACAGGUUAAAAAUAUUUAUCUAAUGGUACAUGUAAAUCACUUUUACAAUCAGUUGAUUAGGAGAAAAUGCACAAGUAAAAACACCAAGGUCAAUGUUUCAUCAACGUUAUUGAGUGAUUUUGUCCCUGAAGUACCUAGUUCUAGAUGUCAACAUAAGCAUCCAGUCGGAUAAAUCUUUGGUUUUAAGCCAGGCGGCAACAAUUUUCCAGUGAAUUAAGCCAGGCGGCUCGCCUAGCCUAAAAUACCUAGGGAGAACACUGGAGUAUCUUUUUCAGUUACACCUGUAGUAUGCAUACAAUAUAGAUUACUCCAAGCCUAUGGAGGUGCAUUUCAGGUUCAUACAUUCUAUACAGUGCAUGUACUGUACAUGUAGUUGCAUUCACAUUAUUUUAAACUCUGGAAGGGCUGCAACUGCUUUUUAUAUGCCGUAAGUGACACUGUACAUGUCUUAUAUAAACUUGCACAUACGACAUGUACACUGUAAAGCUAUGAAAAAAAUAUGUAUAAUUAUUUUUUAAUGUAAAAAAUAUACAUUAUGUACAUUGUAACAUAUGACUUAUUUCAAUAGUUGAGCAUGUCUUGACUUUUAUUUUUUUUUCUUCUCCAUAGGUUGCCAUAUUCUCCAUUAAAGCUCACUCCUUCAAGAAGUUCCUAUAGCCAUGCUGAAGAUGGGGUAACUUGUAAGCAUUCUUAUUGUUAUAACGUUUCAAUGUUGUGCUCUACAUACUGUAGCUGAGCCCUCACCGGUCCCUGGUCCCGCCUAUUUUUUGCUCCAACUCAUAGAAAAUCAUAGUUUUUUAUGUAAAUAAAAAUACUGGGUACCCUGGAUUUCACAGAGCACUACAUUGUACAUUUCUGUAGGCUUUCUUUCAUCUUUUUGUUAGAGCACAGCCAAGUGUUUUGUUCUGUUUUGAUUUGUCUUGUUAUUUAUUCUCACCUUUAUUUGAUUGUUAUUAUUUAUUUUGUUGAAAUUUUUGAACCUGUACUAACCUCUACCUACAGUACUUACAGUACUCCACUGUAUAUUUUAUGCACUGACCUCAAUGCAAGGCCUGUAAAAACACACAAACCCCUGAAAAGCAAUUAGGGCACAUUUAAGUACUUUAAGUGCAUGUACUUGUAUCUGUGUUGUAGUUAUUUUUUUUUUAUUUCAGGUAUUUUUUUUGUUUUGCUUUGUUUUUGGGUAUUUUAAUACAUACUAACGAAGUUAAAACAAUGGAAAAAUAAAUAUUACCUGAGAUAAAAAAUUAAUCAGCUACAGCUGUACAACAUCUCUAAGUGAGACUGCUGGCCAUGUCUCCAAUUUUAACUUAGCCCACAUUUUAAAGGCGGCUGAGAACAGUUUUGUGGGCAAUCAGCAGUAUUAAACUUGCAUGACAGCGCAUGUUUUAAAUCAGACAAACAAACAUGACGGCAAAAAAGCAAUGGUACACGGAAGAUGAUUUUUCAAAAUCUACUCAUUAAAGUUUUGUGUCAUUUGAUAGAAUUUUUCUUUUAUUGUAUGUUAAAUAAUGAGAACUUUAAAAUGGAAGUUGAACAGACAAAUAUUUCAUGUCACAUUUAAUAUUUGUAGUCCAAUUAUGUUAUUGAUUAUCUAAAAACCCGUCUGUUAAAAUUAUGGUCAAAUACAUGUACGUUUCAAAUGGUAACGAUUAAUUAUAGUAAGCCAUGUGCAAGUUAUAGGAAUGUAAUGAGCGAUUUUUAUGUAAACUCAGCCAAAGGGAAAUUUUAAGGUUGUAUUCAAUCAUUCAUGUUGCCAUGUGAAAACAAUGAAAAUGUGAAAUUUUACCUAUCAAUCAAAAUCUUUCAUCAGUAUAUUUUUCACUUGCCAAGUUUCAGCUUGUGAGCUGCAACGUUUCUCUUGCCAUGAUUAAUUUGGCAAAUGACAUGCACUGUAUACUCUCAAUUUAAUUAUACCUAACGUGUGUUCAGCCACCUUAAUGUACAAUAACAUAUGUACAUGUACAUGUACAGUCAACUCUCGCCUUGUGGACACCCCGCUAUAACGGACACCCCGAUAAUACGGACAGCAGCUAAAUCCCCAGCAAAAACAAAGUACAGAUGUUUGACUGAAAUCAACUCCCGCUGUUACGGACAGUCGGUAAUGAGGACACUAACUCGAGGUCCCCACAGUGUCCGGUAUAAAGGGAGUUGACUGUAUGUUGUAAGGCAACAUUGCCUUUCAGGUUAAAUUUUUUUUGUCAUUAUAAUUCCUUGAUUUUUUGCUGUUUGUUUACAGGUGACAAUGCAUACACUUUAAAUGAUCGUCUCUUUGCUGUCCCAAUCCAUGGACCUGAAACAUCCUGUUCAGUAUGCCACACUAAACGUGCGUUUGAGUAUGAAACAGAAGGAAGCUAUGUCCGGUGAGUUUUAAUGUUCCUUUCUGAACAUUUCCUUCUCCUGACUUCUGGCUCUAAAUCUACAUGUACAUGUGCGUGAAAAGUGUGAUAAUGUGCAUCAAUUUUUACUAAUGAUGAAAAGAUUACAGGUAAUAUUAAUAUUCACAAUAAUGUCAAGAAUAACCACGAGUUGAAGUACACUUUUGCCAUGUUUAGUGUGUACACAUGGCAAAAAGACUGCCUCCACAACAAUAACAAAACACUGAUCACUCUCUAUGUGCACUACAUCUUCAUCUACAUGUACACUGUACCUGCAUGUCAGAAUGAAAGGGUAACAUGUAGUUUUAACUUGAACAAAAAAAUAAAAAAAAUUAAGACAGUUUAAUUCCUUUUUAAGGGUGAGCGUACCCCGAUCAUCUCUGCUCUCUCCCUACCGAUUCAAGCCUCACAGACGCUCUAGUUUUGAUCCCACUGAUGCAAUGAGUUUGUCGUCACAUUGUCUUGCUGGGUGGGAGAGUUCCAAACCCACGGUAGUUCCAAUGCCAUCAUCCCUGGAUCUCAGAACGUCUCUUCACCAGUCACGCACCACUCUGGUAAGUGCAUACAUGUAAUUGUCUUCAUGUACAACUUUAUAAUUGUUUGUGGCAAAGGGCAUACAGUUUUUACCCCUGCCCCAUUACAUAAUGAACUGAUUAUUCCAAAAAUGAAUCCGUUAGUUUAGCCACAACCAGUAUGAAAUUCAUUCAUGCAUUAUGUGAAUUUUUUAUGAUAACUUCUCUGUUUUUAAUCAGGUCGAAAAUUGUUUGAAUGGAUAAAAUUAAUAUUAUUGCUUGGAAGACAUUUACAUCAAAUUCAAGAAAACUGACCUGGUAGAAUAUUUCAUAACAGCCUUGUGUGUGAAUUCACUGCUCAUUAAGUAGUAUGCAGGAGUGCAAACAUGAAAUCUACUAAAAAACUACCAACGGAUUCAUUUUUCAAAUGAUAAAUUCAUUAAUGGAAUCUUGGAGGGUGGAAGUGGGGAAGGUACACUGAUCUGGCUAGACUGCUGUACUGGAUGGGAGUAGCUGCCUGCAACAUGUUUACUAUUUUUACCCUUUAAGUGCCAAUGUCAACAUACAAAUUCACAUUACAGCUUUACUUUCACUAAGAUUUCAACUUGCUAGGUAGAUGCAAUUGGAAGGCAGGGAACUGAACUGUUAGAAAGUUCUUAAUUUGUUUUUUUUUUCCUUUGGUUCUUAUGAAAGUAGCCCAGGCUCAUGCUUAUGGAAGCAGGCGAAAUCCCGAGCCCCUAGGCUUCCCCGAAUCAAGACUGAAGUCCAGUUUUCCAUUUAAAGAUCAAAGAAUUUUGCCUUUGGUGAUCAUUUUAAUAAUUCUCAUAACCUUUUCUGUUGAUGAUGUAUUUAUUAAUGUUGUUCCAAAGGAGUAAUUAAUUUUGAUCACUCUUGUGACCACAGAUAAAACUCCUUCACACAUGAUAAUCGUUUUCUGUCCCUCGAGACAGAUAGAUACAUGUAUCUUGCCAUUGUGGGCUUGCUUAUGCUUUUCCCGGCCAGUGGGAGUCUAUACCCCUGGUUUUGCCUAGUCCCUGUACGGUAUUUUCCAAGUCCCUGUCGGUUAAUUCACUUCGGACCACGUCACUCGAAACGCUUCGACCGUGCGGAAUAAUGAGGCCUAGGGAAUAGGCAACUCCUGGGCGGCUCAACCCUGAUCCUGUACGUCCAGUUUGGGCAUGCGCAUGGUGCUGACAACCACGCCCUGUUAAUAAAAUUCAUUUCUACACAAGCGUGAGGAAAAGACCAUUCACAAUCAAGAGUUCUUUAAAUGAUGGACGAAUCUUUUUUUCAUAUUAAUCAUUUGACAGGAUGCAUCACGAGCUGGCCGCUACCCAGGUUCUGUGGCUGAAAGCACUGAGGAAUUAUUAAACCGAAGCCAUUCCCUCAGAUAUGGGCUCCAGGUUCUGGAACAGGAACGUGGAAGAAACAGGCAGUCUGCCCACACUACACCCUACCCCAUGCUAUGAGAACAGCAUCAAAGUAAACAUACAUACAUUUUUUUUCUUUACUUUCGGUCUCCUUGCUAG